UGUAUUGCCGUAUUUUUUUUCCAACGAAGAUUCCCCGAAACACUUCACUACUUAGUGGAAAUGAUUGGGUUGGGGAAAUUUUACACGGUCAUGAUGGUAGAUUCUACGAUAAUUUCCGAAUGACCAAACCCACUUUCAUGUGUUUAUUGGAGACGUUGCAUGCUCGCGGAUACCUAAUACAAUCUCCACAUGCUCGUGUUUCUGUGAUGGAAGAAGUAGCUCUUUUCUUGCGAACAGUAGGAAUGCAUCAUCGACAACGUGAUAGCAUGGAGCGAUUUCAACAUUCUCUUGAGACAAUCAAUCGUCAUGUUCGACGAGUGAUUAAGGCCUUAAACAUGUUGGCUUCUGAAGUUAUAUCUCCGCCAAAUUUCAAUGAAGUUUAUGAGAAAAUUGCUGCCAACCCAGAGUUCAGUCCAUUUUUCAAUGAUGCUGUUGGUGCAAUUGAUGGAACGCUGAUUCCAGCUUGGGUCCCGAGGUCCAAGCAAAACGCAUUUAGAUCAAGAAAGGCAAUUGUUUCUCAAAAUGUUCUUGCCAUUUGCGAUUUCGAUUUGAUGUUCACAUAUGUGUAUGCUGGUUGGGAGGGAAGUGCUAAUGAUUCAUUGGUUCUUCGGAAUGCUGUUGCUAAUGAUCCUUCAUUUCUGUUUCCCCCACCGGGUACUAAAAUGUUGAAAGUGAUUUUUCGCAAUUUUUCUUCACUUAUAUUUGUAUGUAUAAUAAAUAUGUGUAUAUUAAUUUGUUGCAGGCAAAUAUUAUCUAGUUGAUGCUGGAUAUACAAAUUACAUGUGCUUUCUUGCGCCCUUUAGAAAAUGUCGGUAUCAUUUAGAUGCAUUCAAUGGGGCUACGGGACCAAUGACGGGGCCACACGAGAUGUUCAAUUAUUCACACGCUCGACUUAGAAAUUGCAUUGAGCGAUGUUUCGGCAUACUGAAGAAACGUUUUCCUUUGCUCUCAUGGGGAAUGCCGAGCUACAAAGUUCAUAGACAAGUGCAAUUGGUGAUAGCUUGUUGUGUUCUGCACAACUUUAUUCGAAAGUUUAGCCGAGAUGAUGAAAUAUUCAACCAACGACUUGAUCCUGUUGAUGUCGACUAUUUCACAUUUUAUCACAAGGGGCAUCCAAGCCAACAAAUGGUUCAAGCUCAAGCCCAAUUUAGGGAUGAAAUUGCGAAUUCUUUGUGGCAAUACCAUAUCACCAAUUAAUUUGGAGUGCUCAUUUAAAAAAAGUAUGUUUAUUUAAAUUGGACUGUUGAAUUAUUUUUUUUGAAACAAUGCUUAAUUAAAUUAAGAACGUUUUUAAUUUUCUAGUUGUAUUUGACUAUUUAUGUUAUGGGCAUUAACUAUGUAAGGACAUAAUUGUUAC